AAGAAACGGAAGUGCAAAUCGAAUCGAACUAUCAAAACGAAACUAGAAAACUAGUGUCCGUUCGGCGUGAGCACAUACAAAGAGGAGAUAUUGACAAACUAUGAUCAAUAGUUCGCCUAUUCUAAAAGGUAGUUCCAAGUUUGUAUUGUUAAGGUGAAAACUUGACGUAAAAUUACACUGUUUCUUAGUGACUGGAAUAACAAUAAGUCGAUUUACUGAAUGAAUCUUCCAAAGCAAAAAAUCAACUGGUGACUAUAGGAACGCGGCGUUUAUUCACCCUCAACCAUCAAAGUGACGCCGACGUCAUUUAGCUAUGCAGCUCGCUAACGAUAAGCUGGCGUUAUUCCGAGAUUCUAAAACGUUAAUACGCCUACAAAAUGGUAAGUUGAUUGAAGAGGAUGUAGAAGAAAACAAAAGUGUAGAAGUAGUGGAUUUGAAAGAUGACGUCGUCAAGUUUAUACAGAUACAAAUGGAUUAUCUGUUUGUAGCAUUAGAUAAUGGAAAUGUUAAAGUUUUUACUAAAGACCGGUUUGAAUUAACGCAGACAUUUUAUUUUGAUGGAACUUUAUCGUUUUUAGCCGUUCACUACGUCUUUUCAGAGUUUGGAGUGGUCCUUAAUGGAACCAUUAUCAAUUUUAGAGAUGCUAAGUCUCAUAGGGAAGAAAAGUUACAUAUAGAGUUAAAAGAUUCUAAAGUUACUUCUAUUAUAGUUACGGACUUAAAGCAAAUAGCUUACGGAACAAACUUGGGCAGAAUUUACGUUUGGAAUAAUACAGGUUCAACUGAACAUGUGUUUUGUUUAGAAGGCCAUAAAAGUUCGGUAACUCAGCUCCAAUCAUGCAAAUCGAAUAUGGCAUCUUAUUGCGAAGAAGAACGCUUUGUAAGCAUUUGGUGCAUUGAAACGGGAAAAUUCUUGAACAAACUACGUUUUCCUUCGGAUAUCGGUUUAUUGACAAACAUUUUCCUUACAGAGAAUUCUUUAGUGACAACCGAUUCGAACGAUCUGCUAAUAGCAAUCGAUCUCGUUAAUAAGACAGAAUAUUCUAGGCUUAACUUGAAUUCAAAACCCGUUCAAGCGGUCCUUUCCGACUUGGAGGAUAGUUUUUUGAUGAUAUCGGAGAGUGGCUCAUUUGAAAAAUUCCCAAUAACUUCUCCAACAGAAACCUGCAGAACUGAAUGUUGGCUGGAUGAACAAAAGGAUCGUAUAUCGAAUACGAGUACUUCGUCCAGGACAUGCGCAAUACUUUGAAUGAAUAAUUCAUACUAAUAAUAAUGAUGCUAAUAAAAUCAAUGAUUUCUUCUUUUUCUACCUCUUCUUUUUUCGUUCUCUUUUCGUUUUUACACAAAAAACCACACUAUUAAAACGAAUCUUUCUCUUCUUCAUCUCUUUUCCUUACUCCUCUUCGAUCCUUUCCUCUUCUUCUUCGUCUCCCCUACCUGUACAUUAUUAUCUUUAUACAUUCAAUGGAUAUAACUAUAUGUAAUCUAUAAAUCUAAUACUUAAAUAAACGAACAUGAUUAAUAGGAAUAAUAAGGAAAAAGAGGGAUGGUCACAUAAAACGGACUAGGUAAUUAUGCUUUGUCAAUAAAUAUCAAUGAGAGACAGAAAGAAAUAAAGAAAUUCAGAGUUAAAGAAAGAAGAGAGAGAGAGUGAGAGAGAGAAAGAGAAAGAGCGCACGCGAAAGGAAGAGUAAUGAAAUUGGUACAUAUACAUACACACAAUCCUCUAAUUAAACAGAAAAGAAAAACAAUGUCAAUUUCUACUAAAUUGAGGAGUUGACUGAUACGAAAAGAAUAAAAUACAAUUAAUAAGUAGGCCUAUUUAAUCUUAAGGCUUAAGAGAUAUUAUUACAAAAUAAGGAAGAUGGAAAAGAAAGAAGAGGAAGAAGAUAGAAGUAGAGAAGUUUUAAUGUAUA